UUCAUCUUAUGGGUGAUGCAAAGUUUUAUGUUGUUUUUCUUAUUAGCUUCUUUGUGCAGUCGACAUGCUGAGAAAUAUGUCAAGAAAGGGAAGCUGGAUUGGCCGGCGGCUGCUACCUCUACAGAAAGCAUUAAAGCUGUUCUAGAGUUGCCUCGUCUUCAGAAUCUGGUGAUGCAACAUGUAGAUCAUUCUGCGGGGUAUCAGAUCGACUUGUUGCAAGGUCUUCUUAAAUUCGAUCUGGUCUUCUUAAAUUCGAUCCUUGCAGUCGAUUAACGGCUGGUUAAGCCCUAAGGCACCCCUUCUUCACCAAAGAUCAUUUACAGAGAUUCUAAGUUUUUCCCUUUUACCCUUUUCUUUCUCCAACACUGGUUUUAAGUGUGCUUGCU